UUCUCCCGAUUUCUUAACUUUCGGGUCGGGGGAGCAGGGAUAAAGCGGCUGUGCCGGAGCGGAGAGGGGGUGCGGGCUUGCAGCGGCUGCGUGCUCGCCGACUUCCCGCCCGCGCCGAGCGGCCGGCCUCUCGGGCCAAGUGGGGAGCGGGCGGCGGGCGGGCAGGUGGCCCCGGGCCGCCGCUCCCGCGCCUUGGCUCUGCCCCCGGGAGCCGAGCGAGCCGCUGCUCCCUCGUGGUGUGAGGGCGGUGAUGUUUUUCCUCCCACCCACUUUUGAGUCCCCCCUCCCCCCUCGCGCGCACUCUAGCUCUCGCCACAACCUGCGAGCCCCAGACCUCGGAGGAGCGCCCCGGGGAGCUCGGAGCGCUCGCACGCGUGGAACACGGAGGAGGCCGGUGGCCAGCAGCUUGAAUAUACCAGGUCCUAAAAGUUCCAAGUUGCCUUUUGCAGUGGCCAGAAUGAGAAAAAAGUGGAAAAUGGGAGGCACGAGCUAUAUUUUUUCCUUGUUGCUGUUAUUUCUUUUCCUAGAAGGAAGCAAGACAGAGCAAGUUAAACAUUCAGAGACAUACUGUGUGUUUCAAGACAAGAAGUACAGAGUGGGUGAGAGAUGGCAUCCUUACCUGGAACCUUAUGGGUUGGUUUACUGUGUGAACUGCAUCUGCUCAGAGAACGGGAAUGUGCUUUGCAGCCGAGUCCGAUGUCCAAGCCUUCACUGCCUCUCUCCCGUGCACGUUCCUCAUCUUUGCUGCCCUCGCUGCCCAGAAGACUCCUUACCCCCAGCGAACAAUAAAGUGACCAGCAAGUCAUGCGAGUACAAUGGGACCACUUACCAACACGGUGAGCUGUUCAUGGCUGAAGGGCUUUUUCAGAACCGGCAACCCAACCAGUGCACCCAGUGCAGCUGUUCGGAGGGAAAUGUGUACUGUGGUCUCAAGACUUGCCCCAAGUUGACCUGCGCGUUCCCAGUCUCCGUUCCGGAUUCCUGCUGCCGGGUGUGCAGAGGGGAUGGAGAAUUGUCGUGGGAACAUUCUGACGGUGAUAUCUUCAGACAACCUGCCAACAGAGAAGCAAGACAUUCUUACCACCGUUCUCACUAUGAUCCUCCACCAAGCCGACCGGCCGGAAGUCUGCCCCGCUUUCCCGGAGCCAGAAGUCACCGGGGAGCACUCAUGGAUUCACAGCAAGCGUCGGGCACCAUCGUUCAGAUCGUCAUCAAUAACAAGCACAAGCAUGGACAAGUGUGUGUUUCCAAUGGAAAGACCUAUUCUCAUGGCGAGUCCUGGCACCCAAACCUCCGGGCAUUUGGCAUUGUGGAGUGUGUGCUGUGCACUUGUAAUGUCACCAAGCAAGAGUGCAAGAAAAUCCACUGCCCCAAUCGAUACCCCUGCAAGUAUCCUCAAAAGAUAGAUGGAAAGUGCUGCAAGGUGUGUCCAGGUAAAAAGGCAAAAGAAGAACUUCCCAGCCAAAGCCUUGACAGCAAAGGCUACUUCUGUGGAGAAGAAACAAUGCCUGUGUAUGAGUCUGUGUUCAUGGAGGAUGGGGAGACCACCAGAAAAAUCGCCUUGGAGACAGAGAGACCACCUCAGGUAGAGGUCCACGUUUGGACCAUUCGAAAGGGCAUCCUCCAGCACUUCCAUAUUGAGAAGAUCUCCAAGAGGAUGUUUGAGGAGCUCCAUCACUUCAAGCUGGUGACCAGGACAACACUGAGCCAGUGGAAGAUCUUCACUGAAGGAGAAGCCCAGAUCAGCCAGAUGUGUUCAAGUCGCGUGUGCAGAACAGAGCUCGAAGAUUUGGUCAAGGUUUUGUACCUGGAAAGGUCUGAAAAGGGCCACUGUUAGACAAGACAGACCGUGUUGGAUAGGGUAACGCAAGAAAAUUCAAGCUGCAGCUGGACUGCAGGCUUACUUUGCUUAAGUCAACAGUGCCCUAAACCCCCCAACUCAAAUGCAGUCAAUUAUUCACGCCCAGCACAGCAUAACUUGCUCCUUUAUCGGAGUGGUGUGUCAGCCCUUAAACAUCUCCUCCAGAAAGACUUAGAGGAGUCUUGAAUGGUCUGCGGGAGGCAGAGGGCUAGAACACCACAGCACCGCUCUAGUUUCUGGGAGAAUCACAUUUCUUUACAGGUUAAAGAGUUAACAAAACCCUCGGGUUUCUGUCUAGAAAGUUAUUCCGAUGAAAGAACGAGAAGGGAAUUGCUUAGUAGGAGUUCUGUAGUGCAGAGAAAAUAUUUGUAUGAAAUUAUGCUCUUCACAUUUUAGAAUGUCUUGGGUUUUUUUUUUUUUUUUUUAUAAAACAUUAACUCCUCGUCUUCACACACACACUAAACUACAGCCUUCAUUCUGAGGCCAAGCCAGUGUAGAGUCUCCCCGCUUUUGCCUUGCCUGGCGCGCAAGUAGUUUGGGGGCAGUUGGUACCCCUGGGGGUAAAUCAGGACUCGUGAGUGGAAGGCUGUGCCCUUGGGUCUGUGGUGUGGUUGCUGGAAGUCACCAGUUCUGGCGAAGAUGAAGCGCACCGGGUCAUGGCCACUUUCACUUCAAGGCGGGAAAGAACUUGCCCCAAGUGACACCACCUCCCGUUUCUCGCUGAACCUCUGGGGCCUCCAUCAAGAAGUCAAAGUUGGGGAGAUUUGUCAGAACCCGAACCCGUAUGUGACAAAAGAAUUGGUGAGGAAAGGAGUUGAUGGAAGUCAACCAGGCCACUCGUGUGUUUUCAAGUCAGUAAAACUCACCCAUUAACAGUUCAGUCCUCGCUCCUGUUCUCUAGUCCAAAAACUUCAGGUCAGUGAUGACAGCCUAGAAGCUUCUUAAAAAGGCAUUUUCCUCUUUUCCUCCAGUGAACGGAGUUGCCUUUUACUUGGCAAAAGGGCUCCAUUCCUCGUGAGCUUCAGUUAGGAGAAUGGUUGCUCGGUUAGGCAGAUGGGGGUCCCGAUACCAUCUUUAAUUCUAAACCUUCCUACCAUUCUCAUCUCGUCCACCAAGCAUGGAUUUGAAUCCUGAGUCCCAGAGAAGGCUGCUCCGAAAAAGUCUCUUUGCAGCCCUCCUGCCAGGGCCCUACACGACCGAGUCUGAGGCCUGGCUUUAGAAAUCAUCUUGGUGAGGAAACUAUAGACUUCUCCCCAGCAGGGAUCUCAAGCUUGCUUUCUAGAUUUAUCUCCUCUGAAGAGGUAGAAAUGAACUCUAGUGAGGGCUUCAGAGAUUUUAAGGACCCAGCGAUCCCAUGUUUCCUACUCUGGGACCACAGGUCCCGUUCUUCCUUAAUUUGACACCAGUGGGGGACAAUGGACCGUUCAGUCUUUAUGGCAACCUGACACAAAGGAGUCUGUCCUCCUAAAAGAGACACAGGGGCCUGAUGACCAGGCCUUCGUGGAACCACCAGUCCCUCAGACACGUUCUCCUGGGGAAAAGGAAGCAGGACAUACAAGGCUGAAAGGCCACAGAGCGUUACUGGGGACAAGGAGGGUGGAGGAUGUUUAGCUGUCACCUCUCCCCCAGAGGGGCAGUGUUUCCAUACUGUGGAAACAAGCCACCGGAUCCAGAAGAGAAGCGGUGAUGUCGCCCUUCUGGAUGACUCACCCCCAAGUCUUCCCACCCAGGUGUUCUCUGAAAGCUCGACCUAAAGGGAAACCCCAGGGAGCUCCCCUAGAGAGACUCCUGCCCCCAGGUGCCUGGACACACCUCUGCAAAGCGUGUGUGUGAAGCGGGAGCUGGGGAGCCAUGCUAGGCCGCCGUGGAAACCCUCCAGUGUUCGGUGUGGUGUAGGGAGUAGGACAUAGAGAACAGAGGCCCAGCCGCCUGUAGUGAGUAGAGAGGAUUGGAUGUGGUUCUUCUUGUGUAUUUAUUUGUACCAUAAGCACUUGGAACAACAAAGCCCAUAAGCACCAUUUAGCAGUCGUAGCCACUUUAUAGUUAACGCAUGUAAACAAGUAAGAGUAAACAUAACAGUACUACCCUCUCACUCUUCUCACAGGACAUGUACCUAAAUGGGGUACUUAUUUAUGUAGUCACUGCAUUUCUGGAUUUUUAAAUUAAUAAAAAAAGUUAAUUUGGAAAAA